UUUUUUUUUUCUCUUCUCUUUCUUCUAACUUUAAUCAAUACAAUACAUAUAUGUUUAGAAAGGCAAAAAGAUUAUCACAAAGACUCGGAAUUAAUAAAGAACGGUGUACAGAAAAUAGCACAAAUAACAACAAAAUUAAUGUGACAAAUGAAAAUCAUAAAGACCAACCGAUCGCAACACAUAUCGACAAAGCUUUAAUCGAUGACAAUGACACCGUUAGUACACAAAGUAGCAAUGACGAUGAAUCCCUCAAAUUUCCUCUUAAAGAGAGACCAACGCUAGGGAAGUGUCAAACUGAACCAAACCAGAAAAGUGUUUAUGGUACACCUGACAACAACCUGACACGACAACUUAGUAUGAUGGAUACUGGUAAUCUGGAGUUAUUGCUUUCGAUGGAGACGCAGGCCAGAAUGGACGCUCAAGCUAAAAGAGAACAAGAGCAAUUGCAGCAAGCACAAGAAAAAGCACAAGAAAGCACGCUGGCUCCUCGUCCUACUAAAAUUAAGUUUGAAUUACCUGUGACACCUCCACGUUCUAGAUCUCCCGCUAACCCAAGGUUACAAUAUCCAAGAGCCAGACCGGUUCGAUCACUACCAGAAGAGGGUCUAACUGCAAAUGCCCUUAGACACCCGUUACCAAAUAAUAAUAGCAACAAAUCAAGAAGGGUUAGCUGGCGCCACCUUUUCGGUGAUAGAGAUGACGAGGACACUAAACCCAUCAGUUUACCUAUCAAUGUCGGAUCUAGAGUUCGACUUAAAUUGAGACCUUUGCCUACAUUUGGUUAUGUUAGAUUUAUUGGUGAUGUAGACUUUGAUAAAGAAGAAACUAUUGGCGUUGAACUUGAUCACGGAGUUGGUAACUGCGACGGGAGUAUGAAAGGCAAAAGAUACUUUACUACUGACGGUAAUCGUGGUAUCUUUUGCAAGAGACAUGAUUUAGAGGCAGUGCCAGAAUAAAAAGAAAAAAAAAUUAUGAAUUUAGAUACCCAAAUCACAACCAUUAAUCAUUUUAUUUAUACAUCAUUUCACACAUUACACUUAAUUUCUUUCAAUAAAACAUGUUAAUGAUAUUUUACACUAAAAU